UCUCGCCGGCGACGGCGCUGCGUCACGGACCUUCGGGCGGCGCGCUCCCGAGACGACGGAGGCCGCUGCGGCCUCGGCGCUGGCGUUCGUUACCCAGAGCCUAGUCGGCGGCACGAUGAGGCGCAGUAAGGCCGACGUAGAGCGAUACAUCGCUUCGGUGCAGGGCUCUGCCCCGUCACCCCGGGAGAAGUCAAUGAAAGGAUUCUAUUUUGCAAAGCUGUAUUAUGAAGCUAAAGAAUAUGAUCUUGCUAAAAAAUAUAUAUCUACAUAUAUUAAUGUGCAAGAAAGGGAUCCCAAAGCUCACAGAUUUCUCGGUCUUCUUUACGAAGUGGAGGAAAACAUAGAGAAAGCUGUUGAAUGUUACAAGCGUUCAGUGGAAUUAAACCCAACACAGAAAGAUCUUGUGUUGAAGAUUGCAGAAUUGCUCUGUAAAAAUGACGUUACCGAUGGAAGAGCUAAAUACUGGGUUGAACGAGCAGCUAAACUUUUUCCAGGAAGUCCUGCAAUUUAUAAACUAAAGGAACAGCUUUUAGAUUGUAAAGGUGAAGAUGGAUGGAAUAAACUUUUCGACUUGAUUCAGUCAGAACUUUAUGCAAGGCCUGAUGAUGUACAUGUGAACAUCCGACUGGUGGAGCUGUAUCGCUCCAACAGCAGGCUGAGGGAUGCUGUGGCCCACUGCCACCAGGCUGAGAGAAACACAGCCCUGCGCUCAAGUUUAGAGUGGAAUUCCUGUGUGGUACAGACCCUUAAGGAAUACCUGGAAUCUUCACAGUGUUUGGAGUCUGAUAAAAAUAACUGGCGAACAACCAGUCAGGACUUACUUAUAGCCUAUGCUAACCUGAUGGUUCUCACGCUGUCCAUGAGAGAUGCGCAGGAGAGCAGAGAAUUACUGGAGAGUUUCGAUAGCGCUCUUCAGUCUGUGAAGUUUUGUGCAGGUGGAAACGAGGAUCUCUCAGCUACGUUCCUGGAAGUGAGAGGACAUUUCUACAUGCAUGCUGGGUCGCUGCUGCUAAAGAUGGGCCAACACAGUGACGUGCAGUGGCGCGCGCUCUCGGAGCUGGCUGCGCUCUGCUAUCUCAUAGCCUUCCAGGUUCCAAGACCAAAGACUAAAUUAAUAAAAGGAGAAGCUGGACAAAGUCUACUGGAAAUGAUGGCCUAUGAUCGUCUGAGCCAAUCAGGGCAUAUGCUGCUAAACUUAAGUCGUGACAAGCAAGACUUUUUAAAAGAGGUUGUAGAAUCCUUUGCCAACAGGAGUGGGCAGUCAGCUUUGUAUGACGCUCUGUUUUCUCGUCAGUUACCUAAGGAUAACUCUUUCCUUGGUAAUGAUGAUAUUGGAAGCAUUGAUGUACAAGAACCGGAUCCUGAUGAAUUGGCUAGAUAUGAUGUUGGUGCUAUUCGGGCACAUAAUGGUAGUCUUCAGCACCUCACCUGGCUUGGCUUACAGUGGAAUUCAUUACCUACCUUACCUGCAGUUCGAAAAUGGCUAAAACAGCUUUUUCAUCAUUUGCCCCAGGAAACCUCAAGACUUGAAACAAAUGCACCUGAAUCAAUAUGUAUUUUAGAUCUUGAAGUAUUUCUGCUUGGAGUAAUAUAUACCAGCCACUUACAGUUAAAGGAAAAGUCUAAUUCUCACUGCAGCUUCUAUCAGCCUCUGUGCUUGCCACUGCCUGUGUGUAAACAGCUUUGCACAGAAAGACAGAAAGCAUGGUGGGAUGCAGUUUGUAAUCUAAUCCACAGAAAAGCAGUACCUGGGACCUCAGCAAAAUUGCGACUUCUAGUUCAGCGUGACAUAAACACUCUACGAGGCCAGGAAAAAACUGGCCUUCAGCCUGCUCUGCUCGUGCACUGGGCAAAAUGCCUUCAGAAAACGGGCUGUGAUCUUAAGUCUUUUUAUGAUCAACGAGAAUACAUAGGCAGAAGUGUUCAUUACUGGAAAAAGGUUUUACCAUUGUUGAAGAUGAUCAAGAAGAAGAGCAGCAUCCCUGAGCCUGCUGACCCUCUGUUCAGGCAUUUCCACAGUGCAGACAUUCAGGCAUGUGAAAUUGGUGAAUACGAAGAUGAAGCACACGUAACAUUCGCUAUGUUGGAUGUAGUUAAUGGAAAUAUAGACGAUGCUAUGGCUGCUUUUGAAUCUAUUAAUAACGUCGUUUCUUAUUGGAAUCUUGCACUGCUUUUUCACAGAAAAGCAGAAGACAUUGAUAAUGAUGUGCUUUCUUCUGAAGAACAAGAAGAAUGCAAAAAUUACCUGAGAAAGACCAGGGACUACCUGAUAAAGAUUUUAGAUGACUGUGAUUCAAAUCUGUCAGUAGUUAAGAAAUUGCCUGUGACCCUGGAAUCUGUGAAAGAGAUGCUUAAUUUAGUCAUGCAGGAGCUUGAUGAGUUCAGUGAAGGAGCGCCUCUUCAUAAAAAUGGGUCUUUGCGAAAUGCAGAUUCAGAAAUAAAACACUCGACUUCAUCUCCCACCAAAUUCUCUCCAUCACCAAAUAGAAGUUAUAAGUAUUCUCCCAAAACACCACCUCAGUGGGCAGAAGAUCAAAAUUGCUUAUUGAAAAUGAUCUGCGAACAGGUGGAGGCCAUUAAGAAAGAAAUGCAAGAGUUGAAACUAAAUAGCAGUAGCUCAGGGUCCCCUCAUCGUUGGCCUCCAGAGAAUUAUGGACCAGACCCAGUGCCUGAUAGUUAUCAGGGGUCACAGAAUUUUCACGGGGCCCCACUGACAGUUGCAACUACUGGCCAUUCAGUAUGUUAUAGUCAGUCACCAGCAUAUAAUACCCAGUAUCUACUCAGACCAGCAGCUAAUGUUACUCCCACAAAGGGGCCGGUUUAUGGCAUGAACAGGCUUCCACCUCAGCAGCACGUCUACGGCUACCCCCAGCAGAUGCACACACCGCCCGUGCAGAGCUCAUCAGCGUGCAUGUUCUCUCAAGACAUGUAUGGCCCCCCGUUGCGUUUUGAGUCUCCUGCGACAGGAAUUCUGUCACCCAGGGGUGAUGAUUACUUUAAUUACAAUGUUCAACAGACAAGCACAAAUCCACCUUUGCCAGAACCAGGUUAUUUUACAAAACCUCCACUUGCAGCACAUGCUUCAAGGUCUGCAGAACCUAAGGUUUUAGAAUUUGGAAAAACCAGUUUUGUUCACCCGGUGCCUGGUGAAGGAAUGAGGCCAUCUCUGGCAGCACCUGCACAUACAACACAGCCGACUCCUUUCAAAUUUAAUUCAAAUUUCAAGUCAAAUGAUGGUGACUUCACGUUUUCCUCACCACAGGUUGUGGCACAGCCCCCUGCUACGACUUACAACAAUAAUGAAAGCCUCUUAGGUCUGCUGACUUCAGAUAAACCUUUGCAGGGAGAUGGGUACAGUGGACCAAAAGCUGCUCAAAACAUGGGACCUCGAAAUACGUUCAAUUUUGGAAGCAAAAAUGUGCCUGGAAUUUCAUUAACUGAGAACAUGGGUACAAAUCAGCCAAAGAAUUCUGGUUUUCGACGCAGUGAUGAUAUGUUUACUUUCUACAGCCCAGGGAAAUCACUGUUUGGAGUGCCUGCCACAGAGCCGGCCAGCAAGGGUCACGAUGCUGACGGGGGAAGUGCACAGGGGGACGAGGAGGAUGAUGGCCCUCACUUUGAACCCGUGGUGCCUCUUCCUGAUAAGAUCGAAGUGAGGACUGGUGAGGAGGAUGAGGAGGAGUUCUUCUGCAAUCGUGCAAAGUUGUAUCGCUUCGAUGCAGCAUCCCGAGAGUGGAAGGAGCGUGGAAUCGGCAAUGUUAAGAUCCUCAGGCACAAAACCUCCGGUAAAAUCCGCCUGCUCAUGAGACGUGAGCAGGUGCUGAAGAUCUGUGCAAAUCACUAUAUCAGCCCAGACAUGGCCCUUGCCCCUAAUGCCGGCUCAGACAGGUCCUUUGUGUGGUAUGCUCUGGACUAUGCUGAUGAGUCGCCCAAACCAGAGCAGCUGGCCAUUAGGUUCAAGACGCCUGAGGAGGCAGCCCUUUUCAAGUGCAAGUUUGAAGAGGCCCAGAGCCUGUUGAAAGCCUCAGGAGCAAAUGUAGCCACAACCACCCAUCAGGCCACGAGAACUAUAAAAGAACCCACAGGUCAUGACAGUAAGGAUAUUGACAAAUCUGAUGGCAUAACUAUGAAUUUUGAAUUUCAGGUUGCAAAGAAAGAAGGGUCUUGGUGGCAUUGCAACAGCUGCUCACUGAAGAACAUGGCAACUGCUAAGAAGUGUAUAUCCUGCCAGAAUCUAAACCCAGGCAGUAAGGAGCUUCUCGGCCCACCAUUAGUUGAAACUGUCUCAGCUCCUAAACCCGGCUCAGAACAUACACUUGGUAGAUCUGCUCUGGUGACUCUAAAGAAGGAAGGGCACUGGGACUGUGGUGUUUGUUUAGUGAGAAAUGAACCCACUGUGUCUCAAUGCAUUGAAUGUCAGAGUAAAAAGCCUGCCAGCAAAAGUGGAUCUCCACUUGUUAAGCAACCUUCCUUUAAAUUUGGCCAGGGAGAUCUUCCUAAGGCUGCCAGCAGUGAUUUCAAAUCCGUUUUUUCAGUAAAGGAGGGACAGUGGGAUUGCAGUGUUUGCUUGAUAGCAAAUGAAGGAAGUUCUGUGAAAUGUGAGGCUUGUCAGACUCCACGGAAACAAAGUUCACCUGCCUUCGCUGCCCCAGCACCUCCCUCGUUAAAGUUUGGUACUUCAGAGACAAGCAAGGCUCCAAAGAGUGGAUUUGAAGGCAUUUUCACCAAGAAGGAGGGACAGUGGGAUUGCUCAGUGCAAAAUGAGGCCAGCACGGCCGAGUGUGUGGCCUGUCAGAACCCAGGUCAGAAUCCGCCAGCUUCUGCUGCUCCAGCACCUGCUUCUUCAGAGACUGGCAAGGCUCCAAAGAGUGGACUUGAGCUGUUCGCCAAGAAGGAGGGACAGUGGGAUUGCAAUGUUUGCAUGAUACGAAAUGAAGGAAGUUCUCCAAAAUGUGUGGCUUGUGGUGCCUCUAACCCAACCCAGAACCCUGCUGCAGAAGUGCCUCUCACUUUCCCUGUGGGCUCCACAGCUGAGGCAGGUAACUCCUGUGCAAGUCAGACAGGAACAGGAUUUAAGAGUAACUUUUCAGAAAAAGCCUUUAAGUUUGCCAAUGCAGAACAGGGAUUUAAAUUUGGGCAUGUGGAUCAGGAAAAUGCACCUUCAUUUAAAUUUCAGAGUUCUUCUAAUACAGACUCUAAAUCAGCAAAGGAAGGAUUUAGUUUUUCUGUCCCUGUGUCUGCUGGUGGGUUUAAAUUUGGCAUUCAAGAGACAGAAAAUCAGGAGAAGACUACUGAGAAGUCCUUUGGCGAGGAUACUGGUGGUCAGGCUCAGGACGCUGGUGGUCAGAAAAACGGGAGUACUGUGAUCUUUGGUCAGACUGGCAGCACUUUCACCUUUGCAGAUCUUGCCAAGUCAAAUUCAGGAGAAGGGUUUCAGUUUGGCAAAAAAGACCCCAAUUUCAAGGGAUUUUCAGGUGCUGGAGAGAAGUUAUUCUCAUCACAAAGUAGUAAACUAGCUGAUAAAGCGGACGCUUGUGCUGACCAUGAGAAAGAUGAUGAUGCCUAUAAGACCGAGGACAGUGACGACAUCCAUUUUGAACCAGUCGUCCAGAUGCCUGAGAAAGUGGAGCUGGUCACAGGAGAGGAAGAUGAGAAAGUUCUUUACUCACAGCGGGUGAAAUUAUUUAGGUUUGAUGCUGAGAUAAGUCAGUGGAAAGAAAGGGGCUUGGGGAACUUAAAAAUCCUCAAAAACGAAGUCAAUGGCAAACUGCGGAUGCUGAUGCGGAGAGAACAGGUGCUAAAGGUGUGUGCCAACCACUGGAUCACCACCACCAUGCACCUAAAGCCCCUGUCCGGCUCAGACAGGGCUUGGAUGUGGUUGGCCAGUGACUUUUCUGAUGGCGAUGCCAAACUGGAGCAGCUGGCGGCAAAAUUCAAGACACCUGAACUGGCUGAAGAAUUCAAGCAGAAAUUUGAGGAAUGCCAGCGACUUCUGUUAGACAUUCCCCUGCAGACUCCCCAUAAGCUUGUGGAUACUGGCAGGGCGGCCAAGUUAAUACAGAGAGCGGAAGAAAUGAAGAGUGGGCUAAAAGAUUUCAAGACGUUUUUGACGAACGAUCAGACAAAAGUCAGUGAGGAAGACAGUAAGGAUUCCAGAGCAGGAGCUGCCACUGCUGCCGAUGUCAGUGGCACGCCAAACACUGAGACCACGGGGCCCACCCUGGAGUGGGACAACUAUGACCUCAGGGAGGACGCCCUGGACGACAGCGUGAGCAGCAGCUCUGUGCACGCCUCCCCGCUGGCCAGCAGCCCCGUGAGGAAAAAUCUCUUCCGCUUUGGCGAGUCCACCACUGGCUUUAACUUCAGCUUCAAGUCUGCUCUGAGCCCGUCCAAGUCCCCUGGCAAGUUGAAUCAGAGUGGGGCCUCAGUGGGCACGGACGAAGACUCUGAUGUCACUCAGGAGGAGGAGAGAGACGGACAGCACUUCGAGCCUGUUGUCCCUUUGCCUGAUCUAGUCGAGGUGUCCAGUGGGGAAGAAAACGAACAAGUUGUUUUUAGUCACAGAGCCAAACUCUACAGGUAUGAUAAAGAUGCUGGUCAGUGGAAAGAAAGAGGCAUUGGCGAUAUAAAGAUUUUACAGAACUACGAAAACAAGCAAGUUCGUAUAGUGAUGAGAAGGGACCAAGUAUUAAAACUUUGUGCCAACCACAGAAUAACUCCAGACAUGACUUUGCAAAAUAUGAAAGGGACCGAAAGAGUGUGGGUGUGGACUGCAUGUGAUUUUGCAGAUGGAGAAAGAAAAAUAGAACAUUUAGCUGUUCGUUUUAAACUACAGGAUGUUGCAGACUCAUUUAAGAAAAUAUUUGAUGAAGCAAAAGUGGCCCAAGAAAAAGAUUUUUUGAUAACCCCUCACGUUGCUCGUUCGACCACUCCCAGGGAGUCACCUUGUGGGAAAAUGGCUGUCGCUGUGCUGGAAGAAACCACCAGAGAACGAACUGAUUUGUCUCAGGGUGAUGAUGCAGCAGACACAACCUCAGAAGUUGGCGGGGUGUCUGGCACCCCUGAAACAACAACAAAAGCAGUAGUUUCACCCCCAAAGUUUGUAUUUGGUUCUGAGUCUGUUAAAAGCAUUUUUAGCAGUGAAAAGUCAAAACCAUUUGCAUUUGGCAACAGUUCUGCUACUGGAUCUUUGUUUGGAUUUAGUUUUAACACACCUCUGAAAAAUAACAGUAGUGAAGCCAGUUCAGCAGCCCAGAGUGGAUCUGAGAGAAAAGUGGAACCUGGUGGUCGCCAGGAGUCACAGAACUCUGAUCUCAAACCGGCUUCCGACGGCAAAGUCAAAAACACCUCUCCUGCUUUUCUGAAGGAGCAGUUCUCAACCAGCCACACAUUUAAAACUCCAGAAAAGGGAUUUAAUUUUAGCCUUUUUAAAUCUAAUCCAAUGGCUUUUUGGACCAGCACCCCUUCCUCCCAGCCUGAGAACAGAGUGGAAGAGAGGAAAAAACCUGAGGAUCUUCCCUCUGAUGAUGAUGUUCUCAUUGUGUAUGAGCUAACCCCGACCCCUGAGCAAAGAGCUCUUGCAAGCAGACUUCAGCUUCCCCCCACAUUUUUCUGCUAUAAGAACAGGCCAGACUACGUCAGCGAAGAGGAGGAAGACGAUGAAGAUUUCGACACAGCUGUCAAGAAACUCAAUGGAAAACUGUAUCUGGAUGACUCAGAAACAUGUAGACUGUCAGAAGAAAAUCUAGCAGAUAAUGAGAAAGAAUGUGUUAUUGUUUGGGAAAAGAAGCCAACAGUUGAAGAGAAGGCAAAAGCAGACACUCUGAAGCUUCCGCCUACGUUUUUUUGUGGUGUCUGCAGUGACACUGAUGAGGACAAUGGAAAUGUGGAAGACUUUCAGUCAGAGCUUCAGAAAGUGCAGGAGGCACAAAAAUCCCAGGACAAGAACAUAGCUAGCUCAGCCGAUGGUAUGUGUACAGAUGACACUAAAGUGACUGUGCCAUUUUCGUGUAAAUCUGAAGAGCCAGAGUUUACUACCAAAUCUGUUAGUUCACCAUCAGUUUCUUCUGGAACUGUUGACAAACCUGUGGAUUUAUCUACUAGAAAGGAAAAUGAUGGAGAUUCUACAAGCCAAGUGGAAAGCAAAACAGUUGCAUUUGGAUUCGGAAGUGGCACAGGGCUGUCAUUUGCGGACUUGGCUUCCAGUAACUCUGGGGAUUUUGCUUUUGGAUCCAAAGAUAAAAAUUUCCAGUGGGCAAAUACUGGAGCAGCGGUGUUUGGAUCACAGUCAACCAGUAAAGUUGGCGAAGCUGAAGAUGGUAGUGAUGAAGAGGUAGUUCAUAAUGAAGAUAUCCAUUUUGAACCAAUAGUGUCACUACCAGAGGUAGAAGUAAAAUCUGGAGAAGAAGAUGAAGAAAUUUUAUUUAAAGAGAGAGCCAAACUUUACAGGUGGGAUCGAGAGGUCAGUCAGUGGAAGGAGCGUGGGGUUGGAGACAUGAAGAUCCUCUGGCACACUGUGAAGAAUUACUAUCGGAUUCUGAUGAGAAGAGACCAGGUGUUCAAAGUGUGUGCGAACCACGUCAUCACCAAGACGAUGGAACUGAAACCCUUGAAUGUUUCCAACAACGCUUUAGUUUGGACUGCCUCAGAUUAUGCUGAUGGAGAAGCCAAAGUGGAACAGCUUGCAGUGAGAUUUAAAACUAAAGAAAUGGCUGAUUGUUUCAAGAAAAAAUUUGAAGAAUGUCAACAGAAUUUAUUGAAACCCCAGAAAGGACAGUUAUCAUUGACAGCAGAGUUCUCAAAGGAGACAAAUCCUGUGGUGUUUUUUGACAUUUGUGCAGAUGAUGAGCCCCUGGGACGUAUAACCAUGGAAUUAUUUUCAAACAUUGUUCCUAAAACUGCUGAGAACUUCAGAGCACUGUGCACUGGAGAGAAGGGCUUUGGUUUCAAGAGCUCCAUAUUCCACAGGGUGAUUCCAGAUUUUGUUUGCCAAGGAGGAGAUAUCACAAAACAUGAUGGAACAGGAGGACGGUCCAUUUAUGGAGAUAAAUUUGAAGAUGAAAAUUUUGAUGUGAAACAUAUAGGUCCUGGUUUACUAUCGAUGGCCAGUCGAGGCCAGAACACCAAUAAUUCUCAAUUUUUCAUAAUGCUGAAAAAAGCAGAACAUUUGGACUUUAAGCAUGUAGUAUUUGGGUUUGUUAAAGAUGGUAUGGAUACUGUGAAAAAGAUUGAAUCAUUUGGUUCUCCUCAAGGGUCUGUUAGUCGAAGAAUUAUCAUCACAGAAUGUGGACAGAUAUAAAAUCAUUGUUUUCCAUAGUAAAUUUUACCUGUAUAAAAGUUGAAUUGAGGCCUAGCUGUUUUGACAACAUGGUAAUUAUGUUCAGCUUUUGAAAAUGGACGUUUCCAAUGUACAAAUGUAAAAUUGCAGCUUAUAGCUGUUGUCACUUUCUAAUGUGUUAUAAUUGACCUUGCAUGGUGUGAAAUAAAAGUUUAAACACUGGUGUA